GCGUACUUUGUCUAUGUAUGUAAAUCUUUAUUAAUCCUCAUAUGGGGUUACAAAGUCUAAUUAUAAUUCGUCGCCACACUAUCUACACAAACACACACACCUCUGCAUCCUAACUCUUAUAUCUAAACUUACAACUAAUUCUUACAACUAACUUAUGCCUAACUUACAUAUCUAACUCCCUACUAUCUUUCUUUUUCUCCACCUCUCCCUCAUCUCCUCCCAGCAUCUCCUUGCAAUUACUUCUUCUCCUUCCUCCAAUCUCCUCUCCCAGGCCCUCUUCCCUGCUCUCCCUCUCAACUUCUCUCUCCCAACCUCCUCUCUUAUCAUGUGUCCUGGUGUCCUCCUCUCCACCCCCAUCGUCCACCUUACAAACCUCUUUUAAAUUCUUUCCAACUCCUCCCUCUCCUUUCAUCCUCAAAUCUCCACUCCAUACCUCAUCACUGUCCAUAUUAACCUAUUAAACAGCCAUAAUCUUCUUCUCUAGUCCCUCCCCUAUAUUCUCUUCCCUAUCCCUCACACCUCCCUCAUCACCACCGACAAAACGUACUUUGUCAUCGAACGACAAUCUUAAUGAUAUCCUUAAUAACGAAUAUUUCAAUUAUUUUGCUGAAUCGACAGAGAAGUAUCGUAUUAUUUGUCGCUAGAGACAUUCUACGAUAUAGGUGAAAAAUGACGAAAUUCAUGAGCAAUAAGGCAGCUCUAGAAGAUAUUGAUAACCGGGAACCAGUCAUGAUCAAUUCCGGUAUUGAAGAGUUUAUGACUCUAAGAGAUUCAGUAGAAAAUUCUAAUAAAAAUGUAAAUCACUGGAUAAAUCAAACGUCGAAAUUGGUUGAGAGUAAUCGUAAUAUCGAAAUAAAUUACGAUAAAUUAAUGAUGAAAGUAUCUGACAUUAAUGAACGAAUGUCGGAAACUACGAGAAUGUGCACUAUAAAGAAGCAAGAAUUGGAAGAUCUCCAACAUGCAAGGAUGAUCUCAUCACGUAAACAGUGGAAUGAUUGUUUAUCAGAAAUAGGGAACUACGCCAAUAAUUUUUGUCAAUGGAUAACUGAAUAUUGCAGUGACGUUUUGACGAAGGAUAUCGAAAAUUAUCAUGAAGAAUGUAAGAAAGUUAGUGACGACCUUGCAAUUUUAAAACAAGAACUUAAUGAUAUAAAACGGGAACAUGAUUUAGAUUAUGUUGAAGCUAAUAUGGAUAUUAAGGACUUAUCGAAUCUUGACACUGUAAUAUCUGAUAUUAAGUACGGUAAUAAUAAUCUAAUGCGCACUAUUAGAUUGACGGAGAAUUCCUUGAGUAAGAUACAGAACAAAAUAGAGCAGUGCAAAGUUGCAAUUAAUAAUUAUGAGACGAAAAAGAAUACUAAUACGUUUUAAGUAUAUAAAUAU